UAUGGUAAAGUUGCAAUCUUUACUUAAUUUGAACCUAUCAUUCAGUAAUCUCGAAGGCACGGUACCCAUAGAUGGGGUGUUCAAGAAUGCAAGUGCAGUAGAAAUCAAAGGCAAAAACCUUUGUGGUGGAAUCUCACAGCUUCAUCUAUAUCCAUGUCCUGUAAAGAAUACAAGGAAACCAAGAAAGCAAAAUGCUUCACUUAAGGUCAUUCUGGCAAUUGUUGCAGCAUUUUCUUUCUUAAUUCUGUUGUUUUCCACAUUCACUUUCAUGUACCUGAAGAAAAAGAAGAAAAAUUCAAGAACUGAAUUUCCUGCAACAUCAUCUAUGGAGGAUAUCCCUUUGCACCCCAAAAUAACAUAUAAGGAGCUUCACAAUGCAACCAGGGGAUUCUCAUCAGAGAAUUUGAUAGGGACCGGAAACUUUGGUAGAGUGUAUCGAGGAGCUCUUCCACCGAGUGAAGUAGAUAUGGCGGUUAAAGUUCUUAAUCUCAACCAGAGAGGAGCUUCCAAAAGCUUUCUAGCUGAAUGCCAAGCCUUAAGGAACAUCCGGCACAGAAACCUCAUUAAGGUUCUAAGUGUAUGCUCGAGUUCUGAUUUCCAAGGAAACGAUUUCAAAGCUCUAAUAUACCAAUUUAUGCCAAAUGGGAGCUUGGAUAAGCGGCUGCACCCUCAAGGAGGACACUUUACAUAUGCAAGUUUAGAUAUCGUUCAAAGAAUUAGCAUCGCGGUAGAUGUUGCUUCUGCAUUGCAUUAUCUUCACUACCAGUGCACAACCACGGUAAUUCAUUGUGAUCUCAAGCCUAGCAAUAUUCUUCUUGACGAUGAUCUCACAGCUCAUGUGAGCGAUUUUCGUUUGGCGAGACUGCUCGUAAAAAUCAACAGGGAAACUAAUGUAAAUCAGUUCAGCUCCCUAGUGGUUAAAGGAACCAUGGGAUAUAUAGCUCCAGUAUAUGGCAUGGGAGCUGCUGCAUCAACAUGGGGAGAUGUCUAUAGCUAUGGUAUUCUCUUGUUGGAGCUGUUCACUGGAAACAGUCCUGUUGACGAAACAUUUCAAGAUGGUCUCAACCUUCAUAACUUUGUCAAGCAUUCGUUACCAGAUCGCGUACUAGAACUUAUUGAUCAAUCAGCUCUGGAAGAAGCAGCAUACCAGGGAAACUUCAAGGCUGAUCCAUGGAUUGAAUGCUUGAUUUCACUUCUUCAAAUUGGUGUAACAUGUUCAGCAGAAUAUCCACAAGACAGAAUGAAUACGAAGCAGGUUCUUGAUAGACUUCAUUCAGUCCGAGGCAGGUUUCUUGGACCCCAAAUUCACCCUGAAGAGCAGUUGUAUACCGCUAGUAUAGAUGAGUAGGUACUGGUGGGAGGUUGCAGGUACCCGGCGGAAUAGUUGAGGUGCUCGGUGGGAUGUAGCAUGUACUAGUGGAAUAGCCGAGAUAAGCUGGCCCUGACACAACCAUGAUAAAAGGAAUUGAUAAGUUUUUCGGUGAUGGUUUUUGAUCCAAGUGUUGCUCCCUGUGGACAUUUGAAGAGUAUGGCACUGGAAAAAAUUGGUUAAGGUGUUGCAGCAACAUUGUUAGUACUUAGCAGGUGUCUUUAAAGCUGUUCUGUAGUUUCUCCCAUAAAGGAAUUAGUCGCCUUAUUAUAUAAGUCAACCGUUCAAUAAUGAAAAUUACUCCA